AAUUGGUGUGGAGGUCGAGCCGGCGGCGGCGGCCGCUUGCCAGCUUGCCCCCCGAGUGGAAACGAGGGAGGAGGCCCGGCGCACCGCGUGGAGUUCGCAGGGCGACUCCCGCCGGCGCGUGCCGCCAUUCCCGUCCGGUGUAUAAAAAAGUGCACCGGCCACGCGGAGGCGAGCCGAGUCCACUGGCCGGCCACUGCCGCUGCCGUCCGCCCGCAGGCCGCAGGAGGGGCCAACGAUUCCUCCACGUCCGAGCCCGACACCGUGCCCGCAACCAGAAAACAGCCAGCGCGCGCGAGCCCGGCGCCCAUCCUGCCGUAAAGCCCACACGACGCAUUGACUUGGCCUCUCCCUCCUCCUCCCCCAUCAGCCUGCCUCCUCGCGGAGCGGAGCUCACACGCCCACCCACGCGAGCUGAGCCUGAGCUCCCUCCCUCUCCCUCCCUCCCUGCACCCGCUGGCGCCGGCGGCGGCUCUCGCCCCAUGUUGAACCACUCCCGCUCCCGGCCCGACUCCCGACCCCCGUUCCUCCACGGCCUCCAGCCGCCGCCGCCGCCGCCCCACGCCGCCGCCGGGACGGAGCAGCAGCAGCUCCCCAGGGACCGGACGAUGGACCCGCCGUCGUCGUCGGGCAGGGGACCGGCCACGCCGCGGCGCCAGCUGCAGGGCCCGCGUCCGCCCAGGCUCAACGUCCGGAUGGAGUCGCACGCCAUCCGGAAGCCCUCCGGAUCGGCGGGGCUCGCCCCCGCCGCGGCGGCGCAGGGGGCGGCGCCGCCGAGGCGGGAGCGGGACGACCAGCAGCAGCAGCAUGCCCCGGCGCCUCCGCGGGCGCCCGUCAUCAUCUACGACGCGUCGCCCAAGGUCAUCCACGCCAAGCCCAGCGAGUUCAUGGCCAUCGUGCAGUCCCUCACGGGCCCGGGAUCCGGCGCGCCUCAGCAGCAGCGGCAGGAGCGCCACCGCCGCCAGGCGGACGACGACAUCCUGCUGCUGGACCAGGCGGCGGCGGCAUUCCUGCCCCCCGAGCUCAUGCUCUCGCCGUCCGCGGCCAUGUCCCCGGCCGCGCGCCUCGCCACCAUCGAGCGCUCCGUGCGCCCGGCGCCGGACCACGACGCGGGCGUCUUCCCGGGCGCCGACGACGGCACGCUCGCGGCCGUGCUCGGGCCCCUCGCGCGCCACCCCAGCAUCCUCUCCCCGCUGCCGUCCGCGCUCCCGCCCGCCGCCGCGUCGGGGCUCUUCUCGCCGCUGCCCUUCGACCCCACCGGCAUCAGCUGGCUCAACGAGCUCAGCCCGAUCCUCCGGGCCGCCUCCUCGGCCGGCCCGGCAGCCUCCUCGUCCUCCUUCGCCGCCGCCGCCGCCGCGAGCAACGGCGGAUCCCGGGCCCCGCCGCCGGCCUACUACUCCGACCCCUUCGUCCCCAGCCCCCGCAACCUCCUCACCACGCCCACCGUGCCGUCGCCCACCGCCGUCGCCGAGUUCUUCGGCAGCUUGCCGGAUCUCUAGCUCGCCGUCGCCGUCGCCGCCGCCGCGUCCGUCCAAGACGGGGCGAUGCAGUGCAGCUGCAGCAGUGGCCGAAACUUUAGCUACAUUUUUCUACUCCUUUUCCCUGUGGCACCAAAAAAAAAAUCUUCUUUCUGGCGGGUAGGGCAAGUUGGUAGGCCCGGCACCGAUGCCAAAUUGCCAAUUUGAUUAGAGCAGUGCAGACUGUUUGAUGGGGUGGGAACAGAAUUCAGAAAGCAAUGGCAAAAGAUACAGUAGUUCAGAGUAGCAGCAGCAGCAGCUGGUGUCUAGAAGGAGCCGGCCGGCCCAGCACUAGGAACUUUUGUUUAUUUCUUCUUCUUUCUUCUUGGAUUUACUAGGCUUGCUACACACCUUGUGUAGGCCGAAGGAGAUGACUGUUUGUUUAAUGGAGGAUUGGUUAAUUCUUUUCUUAGCUUGGUGAUGUGCUCAUCAUUCUGUCAUGCUGACUAGUGACUUGGUGGGUUGUAGCCGAACUCGAGUAGUGUAGUUGGUGCUCUCUCCAUUUACUGAUAUACUUGUUGCUGCAAAUCCCAGGCUACUCGUAUACAAUUAUUAAAAGAUCUAGGCAACUAAAUUGUUCCGCCUGAGCAUCCAACAUGU